UGCUUCAAUCUACUCUGUUUAGGCUUCUCUGUUCUCCUCUCCCCUAGUACUGUACUUCUAAUUGAGUGAAAGAUGUGUGUACUAUUGCCAUCUCUGCAUAUUGGGAUUUCAAGUUGUUUCUGUUCAGUACAGUUCUGGCAGUAGGGCUGCUUUACUUCGUACAGCAGUUGGCGACAGAAGCGUUGUUUCCUGAAUCCGUCGGCGAUCCCUCCUUUUCAGCUGUACAUGACGUAAUCAACCCGGAUGUCAACAAAAUGUUUAGAGUUUAGUGGCGCGCCGCUGCCAGGGACCUGUUGGCCAGAAAACGAUAUAUUUUAGGAUAAAUUAUGAAACUAAUGCGGUCUAAUCUUUGCGCCUAAUGAAAGCAAACUAAACAACGUCCUACUGCGUGCUUUCAAAAAAGUGCAACAACAAGGAGUUUCAACAUGACGACGUCUCCGUCAAACAAGGUCAAUGUUGUGCUUGUCAUGGCCUACGGAAGUCUAGUGUUCGUGCUGCUGUUCAUCUUUGUGAAGAGGCAGAUCAUGCGCUUUGCUAUGAGGUCCCGCAGAGGACCACAUGUGCCCCUUGGUCACAACGCACCAAAGGACCUAAAGCAGGAGAUUGACUCGCGCCUUUCUAAGGUCCAGGAGAUCCGCUUCGAGCCACGUCUGCUGUCUGCUGAUGAUGACCGGCUACAACACGGCGGAUGCUAUGACUACCUCUACCGGAUGAGAGUGCUGGAUGCCAUCAGAGACUGUGACAUCUCGUUCCGUGAUCUGGGAGGAACUCCCACAGCUGUGACAGGAAGGAGGUUCAGAACCUGGCUGUUAGAACUCCGGAACUCCAGUUCUGUGUUCCGUAACAGAAGCAGUUCCCUGGUAGACACACUGCUGGAGGGAUACCAUAACGCUCGUCACGGCACUGGGGUGUUUGGAGAAGCAGAGUUUGUUCAAUACCAGGACGCUCUGACUGAGCUGGCCACCCUCGUGAAGACCCAGGCCAGCUCGGCAGCUGUGACCCAGCAUCACCAGGCUGCUGCUAAAGACCUGACCAGCCCUCCAGACCCUCCCCCCUCCACCCCCCCCCAGGUCACCUACCUCCAGUCGGCAGGGCAACGCAGCAAGCGUCCCAAACACUUCUUGGAACUCAAGAACUUCACAGACAACUAUAACACUCUGGAAAGCACGUGGACAUAGAGGGGGACAGGUCUGGGGGACAGGUCUGGGGGACAGGUCUGGGGGAACUCUGAAUGCCAGUAUUACAAUAGUUAUGGUCAUAGCUAUGGUGCCUUAGAAUACAGAAUCACUGCCUAUCAAAGCCUAACAUUGAUUAUAGAGUGCCCUUGAUUGAGAUAUAUUUGACCUUCAGCUGUAUUGAGAGCAGGUGAACACAACACUGUGUAGAUAGAAGAUGUUGGACAUGUGAUGGUUCUGUCUGACCGAGACAAGGUUAGAGAGAUGCAGCUAUGCAACGAGACAAUCAGUGUGUGUAUAACUUCAUAUGUCUGUAGACUUUGUUCAUAUGCUCUUAUGCCAUGCUACAUGCAUGUUACAGACAUGCUACUGUAUGAACCAAUGUAACACUAGACCAGUAUUACUGUUGACUGUCACCAUGCCUGAGGUCUGAAGGUGUCUGUCACCGUGCCUACGGUCUGAAGGUGUCUGUCACUGUGCCUACGGUCUGAAGGUGUCUGUCACCGUGCCUGAGGUCUGAAGGUGUCUGUCACCGUGCCUAUGGUCUGAAGGUGUCUGUCACCGUGCCUACGGUCUGAAGGUGUCUGUCACCGUGCCUGAGCUGCAGCAGUAAAACCAUUGCACUGUGUGGCACUUUGUAAGGUGGUUAAACUGUCCGAUAUCAUCUCAGUUCAACUGAAGCCAUAACGAGCCACAAGAGGAGCUUUUUAGACUUUAUUUUAUUUUUAAUAUUACUAUUCUUAAAGAAAAUGAAAUUAUGAAUUUGAAUAACUAAGUGCUAUUUGUUUUCAGUGAACUCAUUCAAUGCAAUUUAAAUGUAUUAAUUCCUGCCGUGCAAGGUGAGAGAGUAAGUGUGUAUAUCCUUUGCUGAGGUAGCCUAGCAACAGGCAGGUUGCCAGGCUGAAUUUGUAUGAUGUACAGUUCUGUGAUCAGAACAACACAACAGUUACAAAUGUAAUACUGUAAUACGAGGUGUCAAAUGAGAGGUAUCAUUCCAAUAAAGGGUUAACUCUGG